AUUUUGUUAAACGAGAAACAUUUUAAUUUUUUUUCCAAAUUUUUUAUAUGAAGAUAAUAAUUGGAGCGAAAUAACGAGCUAAAUAUUAAAAAAUUAAUUUUAUUUAUUCCUUUUCUGCAAAUUUUCAACACAACCACAACACCCGCAGUGGGGCAAUGUACAAAUUCACCGAAUUCGAUAAACAACUUUGCCGAUUUUUACGCCACAAAUUCGAUCUUGCUGUUGACGAUUGUGAUGUCUAUUCAAUUUGGCAUUUUUGCCCGGGCGCACGCUGGCGCGCCAUUAAGGAUUUUUUCAUGGAAAGUUCGGUGUGUCAAGCGGAAUGGUUUCCCGUUAUCUAUUGGAUUGUUUUGGCCAUAAGUACACUGGGUUCGUUUUAUAGUCUGAGUGAAUUUACCAGUCUCUAUUGGGGUGGCCGCAAACGCGUCUCUAUGUGGCGUUCACGCAAAUAUUAUGUCAUACCAUAUUCGGUAUUGAGAAAAUGCCGUUUAGUCGGCUCUUUGGUGAUGCUCAACGCCUGGUUGCUGCUUUGGUAUGCAGUCAUUAAUGUUUCGCCCGGUCACAUGACACCUUGGCUUACCAUCAAUAUGUUUGCACUGAGCUUCGAGCUGAUACUUUGGCUGGUCGAGGUAUUGGUCGGCGCCACCAAAUUAGAUCUGCACACCCUAUUCACCUUCAGUCUGCCCUUGGCGAAUUAUUUGUUUGUACGUUGUGUGCAUAAUGUUUUCCAAAAUGCCAUCGAAACGAAUGAUGUCGACGAUUUGCGGCUUUGGAAGCGCGGCUUCAAGUGAGUCCGUCGUGCACGUGGUAUGUACGAGUAUAAUGCAAAUGCAGCGCUAGGGUUUAGACAACUGUAAGUCACACCUUGUUGCUGUCUGUCAUGUAUUUGUCUAUAUUUUUGUAUAUUUUGUAUUUUGGAUAAUGUGUCCGUGUGUGUGUGUGUGUGUGUAAUGAUUAAGGGAU